UUAUAAGAUUCACCCCAGUUGCUAUGCUUUCUACUAUAAAGUUACUUUUGUUUUCAGCUGGUUUAUAAUUCCCAACUGUAUUUUUCACUAUUUUCUAACUGCAUCUCUUCAUUGGCACCCUGGUUCUCUUUAAAGCUGCUAUAUUCUGUGUUAUAAAUCUGUUUCAUUUAUAAUUGUUCAGAAAAAAAAACACUAGAAAAAGCACUCUAGCUACCGCAGGACUGAAGCAUUUGAAAGUAAGAUUGCUGAUAAGCCACCGUUAGUACAGAUCUGUCUGUUAACACAAACGUGAGUUCCUCAUACAAUGGGAAGGCCCAGGAAAACCUCUGACAAUGUAUCCUCUCCUCGACCUGCUGCUACAGUGCCAAAAGCAGCCCCGGCAACUCCCCGAUCCUCUGACUCGGCCAGGACCCUCCCCGCAAGCAGCAGAACUCAGAGUGCUCCUGCCACAAGGAGUCAAGGUGGUAGACGGGGACAGGUGGAAAAGCCAGCCCCUGCUACAAGUCCCAGAGGAACAGGGCAAAGUUACCAGACUAGGUCCACAGCUGCAUAUGGCGGUGAACAAGGAGACACGAAGAGCAGCCGCGGGGCAAGAGCUAAGACCUCUACAGCUGCUGGAGGAGGAAAAUCUGCUGCAGCUACGGAAGCCUUUGCAAGCUCUGCUAGCCCGUUGCCACAGGCAGCCAGCAAAUCCACCAAAGCCCAAGGCAAAGCAAACAACUAUCUCUCCGCUCUCCCUGCCGAAAAAGUUGCUGAAAUAGAGAAAGGGACCCGGGGCCAGCGAACCAACCCUGAAUGGUACAAGUGGCGAGAGAACCGUAUCACGGCCUCGGUCGCUCCCAAGAUCGCCAACAGCAAGUUUGUGAAUGGCCGAAGCUCUGAGGUCCCUCAGUCAUACCUUAAAACUGUGGUAGGAUCUGGCUCUGCUGUGCAGACCCCAGCCAUGAGUUGGGGUAUCCGCAAUGAAAAGAAAGCCGUGCAGGCCUAUGAGGUGCUCAAGUCCAGCAAGAUUGAGAAGCUGGUGAAGGUUGACGAUUGUGGCCUCUUCAUUGACAAAGGGAAGGCGUGGCUGGCUGCCAGCCCCGAUGGGAUUGUCAGAGAAGCAGAUACGGGCAAAGAGAUUGGGGUCUUGGAGGUCAAGUGUCCCUAUAAACACAGAGAUAAGACAGUGUCCGAAGCUUGCAAGGACAAAAAUUUCUGUCUGGAGAAGGAGGGCAAUUCCUACUCCUUGAAAAAGAAUCAUCAUUACUACGGGCAGGUGCAGUGCCAGAUGGGAGUCACUGGCCUUACAAAGGCAGACUUAGUGGUCCACACCAACAAGGAAACGGUGGUCGCCCCUGUAGAUUUUGAUCCUGUUUUCUGGGAGACAACUGCGUCAAAGCUGGAGAAGUUCUAUACUGAUGCUGUGGUUCCUUACCUCGAUGAGAAGAAAAGUGCCGCCAUCUUGGCUAAGGAAGAAUGAAGUUGCUGAGAAGUCCUACUUUCCUCUUCCCCUGUAGAUGUGCCUUCAUUAUAUAGAACUGAAACUCCUUUCAGACUUCUUGCCCAGCAGUACAAAAUGGUUGUUCUCCUGUGCCUUUAAUACGCCCUAGCAAAUAGUUACAGAGCAGCGCAGCCCUUACAGCCGCUCCCCCUGCAACCCCUCUGUAGUUGUGUGGCUAUCAUCUUCAACGGUUGUAUGCAUUCUUUUCUCUGAGCUGCAUAAGUAUGCUGUAUACACUCCUGUUGCAAGCAAAGCAGAUGAGCAUACACGGCAGGCCUGGCAUAUCUCCUGGUGUGAAGUGGUGGCAGCCAUGCUGUCCAACUUGACUCUUCUCACUCGAUUGGGUCAGACAACUUGGAUAACGUGACUGCAGGUGUUUUGGUGGCGGCAGGGAAGGAGGAACAAACAACUGCUACUAAUCUGCUCACCCUGUGAAACUGGCAAUUGCUCCGUUGCCUUAAUGAUUCCAUAUUAGCUCCCAUGUAACUUGGACGUGGAUGAUCUCUAAAAAAAAAAAUUUUUUUCCUGCCUUCCAGCCACCAGAACAACUAAGAGAAAUUGGAAUGCACUGUUUUGAGACCAGAGUAUUCAUGGCUUAAGCUUUUUGGCCCUCAGUUAUUGAGGUUUUUUUGUUUUUGUCUUCAAGGCAGAGCUAAACCUGGCACACUUUUUACAGGGCAUUCACAGUACUACCUAGAGCCUGUGCAGAAGCCGUUGCUUUGCCAGGAAACAGCCCAUGUGAUGGUGAAGUUCACAGUUCUGAACUGAGUUGUACUUUUUUUGUAUGGGGGAAGAAUGGGUGCCUGGCUAUUUUAAGAGUCAGGGGGCUUGAACAGAUGAAAUUUGUAUCUUAUGCACCUAUUACUUGGGAACAAGAUCCAUUGAAUUGUGUGGAACUUAUUUCUGAGGAAAUGUGCAUUAGAGUGGGCUACAACUUGAUUUCUGAGUUAUGCCUGUUGAAUAUCAGAUGAUAUGACUUCAAAUUUCUAAUGAUUAAGGUGACAUGCUCCUUUUUGUCACAUCUUUUGUUCAGCCAUGUUGGCCAAGAGUACACGCAGGCCCAUUCCACUAUAGGAGAACCAGCAUUUUUGCUUUUGAAGCCACUUGUAGGUUAGGAAGACUAAACAUUCAUUAUAUAAUGCAGGUACGGGCAACCAGUGGCCUCCCAGAUGUUGCUGAACCAACUCCCAUCAUCCAUGUCUACUGGCCAUGCUUGCUGGGGUUGAUGGGAGUUGUAGUUCAGCAACAACCAGAGGGCCAAAGGUUCCCCACACCUGAUGUAAUGCUUGGCUUACAUUUAGAAAAUCAACUUUUGUGAAUUGCAACUUUGUUUAGAACAGAAACUACCUUGCAAGUUUCUAACAUCAAUAAUAGCACAUCGUAUACCAGCCAAAGUGUAGAGCAUUUGCUUUAGUUUACCCAUGGCUUCUGCUGUGCAAAAUGUAACGUGUCUAAAUAAAUAUAUUCACCUUGGAUAA